AUGCGAAAAAAUGGAAUAGUGGAGGGUGCUACCUGUCAUCAAUGUGGAAAACGAUGUACAAAAUGUUCCCGGACCCGAAAAGGAGAAUUUAUGUUUCCCCCUUGUACCGACACUUGUGGAAAAAGGGAACUCGUGUUUUCUGGUGACAGCGCCGCCGAGCAGUUUUGUGCUUACAUUACCAGUAAACACUGCAGGGACUCGAUUUUAGUUGCACACAAUGCCAAAAGUUUUGACCUGUAUCCCGUUUUAGAAGUUCUUAUCGACCGACACUCCAUUCGACCAAGCAAGAUCAUAUACAAUGGUUCCAAAAUCAUGUACAUGCACAUUGCCCAAAAACUGAAUUUAACUUUUGUGGAUUCCCUCAAUUUCCUUCCCAUGAAACUAGCUAAAAUACCAGAAGCUUUUGGUCUACAGGAACUCUGCAAAGGUUACUUUCCCCAUUUAUUUAAUACCAAAGCCCAUCAAAAUUACGUGGGGCCAUAUCCAGAAUUAAAAUAUUACGGAUACGAUGCCAUGUCGACUGGGGAACGGAAGAAGCUUGCAGAAUGGCAUGCAAGGAAACAGAUCGAAAUCUUUAAUUUUCGAGAAGAAAUGUUGCAAUAUUGUCGCUCGGACGUUGACAUACUGAGACGGGGCUGUCUGGAAUUUCGAAAUUUAAUGAUCAAGGUGACGACCGUCAAAGAACACAUUCCACAAGCAGACGGAACCGUCAAGGAAAGUACCACGUUUGGAAUCGACCCAUUUGAUUACGUCACCAUUGCAAGCGUGUGCAUGGGGAUAUUUAAAUCUUUAUUUUUGAAAGGAAAGUACAAGAUAGAAAUCACCAAAGACGGGGAAUGUUCUUGGUAUGACGUCCACACGCUUGAGGGAAUAGAAGUGAUCAACAUCGAAGAUUCGUGGACGUCAUUAAUUGACUUGAGGAAGGAGGAAAAUAUACAGAUAGGAAGACGGCAUUUCAAGAGUCCCAUAGCAGUAGUACCCUCUCAAGGUUAUACAAAACGCGACAAUUAUAGCAAGAUUUCCAUUCAGUGGUUAGAAUGGCUAAUGGAAAAAAGUCGUCAACGGGGAAAUCCUUUAAGCAUUUCUCACGCUCUCAACGGGGGUGAAUAUCAUGUCCCGGGGACCAAUUAUAGAUGCGACGGAUUUGUACAGAGUCCCAACGGAAAAGGAACCAUUUACGAAUUUUAUGGUUGUGUGUUCCACGGCUGUCCCUCCUGUUUCCCAGAAGACCGAAAUUACACCAAACAUCCUUCCACCAAUCAAACUAUCAAAGAAUUAUACGAUAUGACAAUAAACAGAGAAAAAGAACCUAAAAAUCUGGGAUACAGCAUGGUUACUAUAUGGGAGCAUCAGUUUAAAUAUCAGUUGGAUAAGAAUGCGUUUUUGCAACAGUUUGUGUCGACCCUAAGUAGUAUAACGGGCCUAGAUGGCUGGGUCAACUGA